AUGCGUUUCAACAUUUUGGUUGCGCCUGUUGUGGCCGCGUUUGUUGCGAGUUGUAGCUGUUUUGUCAGUGCGGAAGUUGCUGCUCUCGAUGGCUACACCCACGACGGCAAGGAAGUGGUUCGUCGUCUUCGAGAAGAUAGAGACGUUCAAGAGGAGAGAUUGCUACCUGGGUUCAAUUUUUUGAAUGAAUUAAUUUCUAAAAUGAAACCUCGUUGGGUCUCUAGAUCUGGUUAUACUCCAGAGGCUGCAGCAUUAUAUGCUAAAUUUCACAAAGGUAAAAAAUUGAAAGACUUUUUGAAGACCGAAAAAUUAAAGAGACUUCAGAAAGAGGGAGAGAUUAAAAAGAAAUUUCCUACAUCUAAAAUGUUAAUGGACGCAGAGGACGAGACGGCGCCUUUGCUCCCACUGCACUCGACGAAAGAAGUUGUUCGACAACUCAUCGAGUCUUUCAGAAAAUUGGCGAACAAUCGCGCAACUAUUGUGUUUGUCAGUACCACGAUUGCCCCACCAAGUGAUAGUUGA